UCGCGCAGUUGUAGCGCCGACAGCACAUCACCAUCACACCACAAUGAAGGCACACGCGGCGUCGCUGGCAGCGGCUACGGUGGUGAUACUGCUCCUGGUAGCGGCGGUGGUCCGGGGUCAAGAUGAUGAGAUGAAGGAAAUGAUGGAGCAGCUUCACCAGUCAUGUCUUGGUGAGAGUGGUGCAUCAGAUGCUAACAUUGAUGAAGCUAGGAAGGGGAAUUUCAUUGAGGAUGGCAAUUUGAAGUGCUACAUGAAGUGCAUAUUCGUCCAAAUGACGUGUAUGUCAGAUGAUGGAGUCUUUGAUGCUGAUACUGCAAUUGCAAUGUUGCCUGAUAAUCUCAAAGAUGUUGCAUCAAAGGCACUUACUGCCUGCAAGGAUGAAAAGGGCAGUGAUGCUUGUGAUACAGCAUUCAAAAUAAAUCAGUGCCUCUUCAAGCAAGCACCAAAGGACUACAUACUUGUCUAAUACAGUGAUGCUGAACUGAAGUACAUUGAGAUGCCAUUGUUCCCAGAUGUUGUCACCAAAAGCAUAUCUUGCUGCAGGAAAUACACCUGUGGUUUUACCAUUAACUAUUUUGAUAAUAUUCUUGAAUAUACUAUUCAUGAAUAUAAUCUCUUUACAGACAAAAAUGUAUGCUACAUCUAUGAUGUUUCUGAUUAGACAACAAUAUUUUUUAUGUGUGAUGUACAGAUAUUGAGACAAUAAAGCACACAAUAUUUUUAUGUCAUUAAA